UUGAUACAAACAAUAUGUUUUCCAAGGUCUUCUGUUUGUUCCUUCUCGUCGUCGUAGUGGCAGUGGAGGGUUACGGGCAUGCGUUCUCAUCGAAUCAUAUCUCACGUCACGAUGGACAUCAUGAGGCUGUGCACGGACAUGACCACGGACAUCACGAUUACUAUACUCAUCCUAAGUACGAGUUUGAUUACAAAGUAGAAGACCACCACACUGGCGAUAUCAAGUCACAGCACGAGCACCGCGACGGAGACGCAGUGAAGGGUGCCUAUUCUCUGCACCAACCCGACGGCUCUCACAGACAUGUACACUAUCAUGCUGAUGAUCACUCCGGAUUCCACGCGGAUGUUAAAUAUAGUACCCAUCACAUUGUGCCACAUCAUCAUUAA